AGUAUGUAGGCUUUCUCAGUAUUCUGUUUACACCUUUCAAGUCCGCCUUUUUCUCUCUUUCUGUUUGGGUGGAUGCGCGUUUAGGGCGUAGGUCCAAGUCAGCAAUCUUUUCCCGCGCACAGAAGGACGAAGCAUCCCCGCAGUGUCUUAUGUCAUCUCGCAUUGCGCUCCCCCUGCGCUUUGUGCGGUGUGAUUUGGGCACCGCAGGCCCUUCCGCAAUCUCCACCUCGUCCCGCACUCAGGUGCUCACACCGUACAAACCGUGCGGACUUCCGUGCUACGCAGCUUCGCAGGUGAGCGCCGUGGCGAGCGUUGAGGCUGAUCGUGGUGCCUCCUCCAGCAGCAACAGCGGGGCAGAUGGCCGCCGACUCUUUGCUGUUCACACGCGCCUCUCUGCGGCCACCAGCGCCGCGUCAUUUGAAGCAAGCGCGCAGCCCCGACCGGAGGACCCGAGCGACUCGCUGCUGUCGCGUGUGAUCGACUCGUCGUUGCCGGGGUGCCGUCCGUACGUUGCCUUGCCGGUGCUCUCCUCGUUGCUCCGUCGUGGUGGGAUCAGUGGCCGCACCGCUAUUCCCGCUGCCCUCUUAAACCAAUGGACUAGCCGGCACAAAGGACUUGUCCUCGUCACCCACACUCCGAGCGAGGCGUUGUUUCUCCGAAACGCGGCGCAGCUGGAUUUGGUGCAACAGACCUUUCGGGUGGUGUGCCGCCUGCCAGCCGGCGUUGCCUCCGCCGCGCGCCACUAUCUACACGCUCGUCAAAGGCAGUCGAAUGAUCUGGGAGCGGGCACUGCCGGGGCGGCGGCGGCUGUGCUAAAUCCAUACCUCCGGGCGCACACGGAGCGGCAGCGCGAGGCCUUGAGUGUGGCAGAUCUCACGUACGGUAUUCCCUUGACGCAGGUCGCAGCAACAGCAGCAGCGGCGGUAACACAACGGGGUGCGACGACGGACUUUGCAAGCGUGGGGCGGCUCCCGGCCGGUGUCCGUCCGCAUCCUCUCGUGAGCGGCGGCUUCUUCGAUGUCGCGCGUGGGCUGCUGCGCGUUCAGGGCACGAUAAAGUGCGUGCUGCGCGUACAGACACCGCUGCACGCUGCCUCCCAACACAAGAUCGAACAGUUCGCUCGACUGCAGAGCCUCUUUACUGCCCCGGCUCGGCAGAAGGAAGGAGGUGCGACACAACCCACCUUCACAACAGCAGUACAUGACGAAUUAAAAGUAGCGAGCAUACCUUCGCACCCGUGGUUGAGGCCGGAGUGGCAGAUCGGUGUUUCCCUGGACGCACCUAACAUGCAAUCCGCGGCCUUUGCCAAUGUGAGUGACGAUGACGACCAUCCACAUCGUUCGUUGCCGGCUCCGCGCGGCAAGUCCCUCGCCUUCGAUUUUCGUCUCGUUUCUCUCUCCACUGCGAGGAAGGGCGACACGGCGCUGUACGAAGUGCACACCCGCGGUGACGUGACGGCAGACGAGGUAGCGGCGGUCUUUCAGGCGGAGGGCCUCUCCGUCUUAAACGAUUACGUGCAGGACGUGUCCCUAGCAAACGUCGUGGCGGAGGUGGCGCAGCGCAUGCGUGCAGCCCCACCCGGCCUACUGGCGUCGUUGCCGAUGGGCGUGCAGCAUUACCUGCGCUCCGCCUCGGCAGAGGAGCUUGUCGCGCUGCCGCUGACGCUGGUGCCGCUGGAGGAUGCAGACCGGCUCUGCAUCCAACAGGCGUUGAAAAGCAGGCGCAGCUCCAAUGCUGCUGCCUCUUCGGCGCUGUUGCCAGGGCAGCCUCUGCCGCACCUCGCGGAGUCGGAUGACCUGGAGCGCAUGCAGCACUACGUUCAGUCCCUCUCGGGCGGGAUCGAUACCCGUCAUCCGCUGCAACGCCUGCUGUGGCACGCCAUCGGCACCUUCCACCUGUCCAACGCGGAGGAAAGGAACGCCUACGCGCGCGUGCUCAGCCUGACCCUCGGCAGCGGCAUCGAGUGUACGAGCCUCACCUUCCCGGACCCCUCCCUCCCUGCCACAGUGAAGGCGAUGCAGCACAUAUGGCUCACGUAUGAGCAGCAGCGUCAGCGCCAUGCGUCGCCAGCUGCGGCGGCGCGUGCCACUCGUCAGCACCCGCUAGCGGCAGAACUGCACUAUGUGCGACGCAACGUGUUGGAUGACGCGACGGGUCUGACGCGAGUGCCGCUGUUGGAGGACAUGGCGCAGGCGGGUGGGCGCGCUGCUCGAGGGGAGUGCAGCUUCUCGCACGCGGCGGCGCUUGCCGUCCCACUGAACACGGUGAAGGAGUCGACACGUCUUGCUAAACACGGUGGGGCUGCUGCUGCCGCUGCUGGGGGUCUCCCUGUUGUGUCGAAGGACGUCCCGCGCAGCACGGCAGCGUGGAGGCAGACGGAGGUGCCGCCCAGCUACACGGAGGCCUACAACGGCUGGGCAGCGGCAUCCUUGGAGAUGUUGGACAGUGAGGAACGUAUCAGCAUGGCAGAAGCGGCGGCGCCGUCGCCGUGGUGGCCCUCGCCAGCGGCGCUAAUGGAACGCGCUCCGCAGCGGCGGUCUGGCGCCCGUCCUGAACGUCACGACCAUGCAGGUGCACCGUCCUCAGCGGCUCAUCCACAUUCAGAGAGGUCUGCGGAACAAAGCGGUGCUGCGCCGACGGUGCGUGUCUUCUUGCGCGUGGAGGAGCUCGCAGAGCUGUCGUGUGCGCACUGCGGAGCGCAGGGCCACACGUGGCAGCAUUGUGCGACACGUAGCUCGGAUGCGGUGGCGGCCUUGGAAGGGGGCGCAACGCUCAUUCGCAGCAGCAGCAGCAACGGCGUAGUGCCUUCCUUAACAGCGAAUACCGGUGCACCUCCCUCGAUGACUGCCACGUCGGGGUCUUUCCUUACCUCCGUGAUGGAAGACGAGAGCCUCACCAUGGUGGAGGACGCAGCGACGGUGCUGGCAGAUCAGGCGAAGGCCCUGACCGACUUGCGCGCGCAGCGUUCACGUGCCCUGGCCGGCGACACCUCGCCCUCGGCUGCGGUGGUGCUGGUGCCAAAUAUGGCUGCCACACAACACUUCAAGGCGGCGCACGUGCUACGCAGAGAGGCCCGCAAACCCGCGGUGCAUCGUCGCACGAUGCGGUGUGUGUACUGCGGCGGUCACCACCACGUCACGGCGUGCCCGAAGCUACAAGCACAGGAUGGCGAAGCCGCUAUCGAGCAGGCGGCGAGUGCGCAUCGGUCAUCCGCAACUACCACGACGACGACGUCAGCGCUGCCGCCGCUGUUCUGCAUUAAGUGCGGGUCAAAAGGUCAUGUGUAUUUGGACUGCCCGCGGGUGCCAAGGGAUUUGCAUCCGGCGACGCACUGCCCCAUCUGCCUACAGCCGCGCAGGAAUGGGUCGCAUGACCCACUGCACUGCCCUCAGCGGGUCCCGGUGCCCGCAGGGUACGCGCUGUCUGGCGUUCCACACAGCGGGCCGUCAUCGGCGUCUUUGCUGUCUGGGUUUGCCCGAAGCGCACACCCGCAGCGCGGAAGUCACCGCGACGAGAAUGGAGAAGGACGUAGCUCUUUCAACGCAGGUGCGACGAGCGACGCUGCCCGCAGCCCUCGCCGCCACCGUCGUGGAUCGGUGCUGAUCGCGGACACCUUCGUCGACGCGCCGUCGCGUAGGAGGUGA